AUGAGCAAAACACCAACCCAUCUCCACGACACCGAUGCGUUACCAAUCAACAACACCGCCGCACGGCGCCAUCUCACGCUCUUGGCUCUCAAAGUCACUGCGCGGUUCUACAAGUGGGAUGGACCCUGUGUCCCCCUGUCCCGCCGCAUCAUGGUCAAGACGGAUGAGAGCAUUGGCCUGACCGAAGCCGCGACCAUGGCCUUCAUUGCUGCCCGGACGAGCAUCCCCGUGCCCCGCGUGCAUUGCUCAUUUAUCCACAAGAACAAAACGUACAUCGUCAUGGAGCGCAUUCGCGGCAAGACUCUCGCCGCCGCCUGGCCAACUCUUUCUGAGCCGGAGCUCGACGACAUCUUGGCCCAACUGCGAGACAUGCUCAAGGAGCUGCGGGCCCUCCCGGCUCCGGGUGUUGCAGUAGAGAGUUGCGUGGGCGCAUCACUGCAUGAUUUUCGGAUUCCCUGGUCCGAGACAAGAUUUGGGCCGUUCCCUUCCAUACGGGCAUUUCACUUUUGGCUGCGCCAAGGGCUUCGGCCAGAAGAGCACCACCUACAGCGUGUCAGUAAUGAGGAUUGGGCCGACAUUAAGCGCAUGGUGGCCAUGCAGGACGAAGACAAGGAUUGGGGACCACCGGUGUUUACACACGGUGAUCUGAACCCUUUCAACAUCAUGGUUCGGAAUGGGAAAAUUGUUGCCAUUAUUGACUGGGAGUUCGCGGGCUGGUAUCCCCAUUAUUGGGAAUAUACCUCUGUUUUCCUUGGAAACAAGACAAGGCUAGCAUGGCAGAAGUUGGUCCCAAAGUUUAUUGAGCCCUGCCCGGAUGAACUCCAAAUGGAGACGAUUAGACAGAGAUGGUGGGGAGACUUCUAA